AUGAAAUUCGAAUCAUUACCUAACGAAAUAUUACUUGAUCUAUUCGAUUAUUUCAAUGGUAUUGAUCUUCUUCAUGCAUUUAAUGGUCUCAAUUAUCAUUUCAAUUCUCUUCUCUAUAAACAAUAUCAAUCUUAUCAUUUUAAAUUUAAUUCAAUAUCUAAAUAUAAUUUUGAUACAAUAUGUUCCCAACAUUUACCAUUUAUUACUGAUCGAAUUAUUAGUCUUAGUCUUUCUGAUAAUGAAAAAACUCCUGGACAAAUUAAUUUAUUUCGCUCGUACAUAUCAUCAUUUAGUCAAUUUACUCGAUUACGAUCACUUUCUAUAUAUCAUCUUCAUUCAUAUGAUACAUUAAUGAAAAUCGUCGACGAAUGUCAUCAUCUUAACUAUCUCACUUAUUUAAAUUUUUACUCUUAUUUUUCUCGUUUUCAAUAUAAUCAAAAGGAUUUUCAAUCAAUUGUCAACAAUAUAUGGAAUUUUCCUCAACUUACUCAUUGCAAUGUUGAUAUUUCCAUACAAGGAUCUAAUUUUUUUUCCAUUCCAACAAAAAUCUCAACAUCUCUCAAAUAUUUAAAUAUGUAUAAUAAUAAACUUACGUGGAAUCAAAUAAAUAAAUUAUUUUGA